GUUUUGCUGAAGUACUCUUGACCUUUGGGGCUCUAGUGUGCCUCUUUACUUCUGUUUACUUAUUUAGUUUUUCAAGCUGGCCAUUCAUUUUUCAAAGCUGUUAUUGAACCGGAUUGAUUCUGUGUGGAAUUUGAAGAUCAUCGUAGGCAGCCCCCAUCCCCAGGUUCUUCGUUGGAACAUCUGUGGAGAGCGGCUGGUUUCCUCCAGCAGGCUGGAGGGAGGGUUUGGUGGCGUGCUCCCACCAUGGAUCCUUCUCUUUUGGGUUGUUUACGCAGCCCUCACACAGAGGCUCAGGGCACGCGUCUAGCCAUGAAGCGGUUGCCUCUACGCGGGCACAAUAAGCUGCUCUCACCUCACCAAGAAGGAGAGGACAAUGAGCUGCUUCAUGAUACAGCUCUCCUUGCCCAACAGCCGGAAGAAAAUGACUCUGGGCAGAUUCGCUGUCCUCAGAAUGGCAACGGUGGUUUGCCGCCACUUGAGAAGAGCGCUUUGGAAUUGCGCUCCGGGGAUUUCAAUUUAUCCGGCGGGGAGCCGACGGGUACGUCCCGUGGGGCGUACAGCCAGAAGGAUCUGUCAUCGGACAGGAUGACUCCCAAAGUGGAAAAUGUUCUGCUUUUCAUUUCAGAGUCCCGAGACGGGGGCUAUAAGUCAGACACCAUCAACAAGGCCAGAAAGGAACGCACAGCAUUCACAAAAGAACAGCUUUGGGAACUGGAGUCAGAGUUUGCGCACCACAACUAUUUGACCAGACUGAGACGCUACGAAAUAGCCGUCAACCUGGACCUGACGGAACGACAAGUGAAGGUGUGGUUUCAGAACAGGAGGAUGAAGUGGAAACGCCUUAAAAGUGGUCAACAAGCGCUGGCGAGAGAACUGCAAAAUGUCCAAAAAGGCAUAUUGUUGCCCUCGGAGAUUUGCAGUCUUGAAGGACCGCCACGCUCGGCAAGCUCACCCGAAACCCCGAGUGAUGACCAAGAAGACCUGAGCUCAGAACAUCCUUCCCUAUGA